AUGGUGACAGAAGCGGCAAGGUCGGUGGUGGACCUAGGUCACACCGCUGAGAGCGUGCUUGCUGCGCCUCCGGCUCCUGCUGCCCCUGCCGCUGAGGCUCCAUCUGCUCCCCCGGUUCCCCCUGCCACCGCUGCGCCGUCAACGGCCCGUGUCCAACUGGCGUCUGCUCCCCCGCCAAGCCUCCCACUUCCUCUCGGUGCUCUUGCCCCUGAUGCGCCCGCUCCUGUAGCGCCGCAGCCGCCUGCGGCGUCGCCACUUGUCCAAGCUGCUGCCGGCGUCCCUGCGCCGGGGACAGCGGUGGGCGCCGCCCACGACCCCGCGCACCAGGUUGCACUUGCGUCUGCGCCGGUACAGCCCGUCGCGCAGCAGCGCGCGGAGUCCCACAGUCGUGGUGUUGCUGGGGGCAGUGCGGCGGCGCAUCGGGGGCGUGGUUCUCCUCGGCGUCGCCCCUCCCCAUCGUACCGGAAUACGCAUCGCGGUGGCCGCGGUGGCUGGUGGGGAGGUCACGGUCGCGGACAUGAGGCGCCGAGCGAGAUGCAGCAGUUACGCGACGAUUUCCCUGGAAUGUUGGCCGCGGCGAUGCGCGAGGCUCUGAACAGUGCGUCGACUCCUGGUGGCCCGCUGGCUGCUCCCGCUGCAGUGCACGCCUCUGUUCCUGUGGCUGCCCAGGCUCCUCCUGCUCCACACGCGGUUCCAGCGCCGAGUGCUCAGGCGUACCCGCAGGGUCCAGGCCCAGCUGUUGGGCGCGCACCACCACCCGCAUCUCGUCCAGGCUCCGCUGCACCGUAUCCCCCUCUUCCAUGGAUUCCCCCCGUUCCGGGCACGGGAUUUGUGGGAGCGGGAGGCGGAGAGGCGAGGGGGCCAUUCCGCCCUCCGCGUCGCAUUGAUGAAGUUCCGGCUGUGCCCCCUCCACCGGCUCUUCCCGUUCCCGCUGCGGCGCGGCUGACCGGGACGGCUGAAGUUCCCACGGCGACUCUCGCGCAGCUCGUUGGUGUGGUGAUGCUGCAGCUCAUCACUGGAUGCCCUACAUUGAUACCCACAGCUGCCGGCACCGACAUCAAGGGUGGCGCCCAGCUUCGCGCCGCCCACCUGCCCUCAGCACCCGACGCCAUCGUGCUGCCCAUGGUGCGCCUCGCCCUCUCCUGCACCGCUUCCGACCCCCUCUCCCGCCCCACUGUCACCGACCUGCUCCGCUCCAUCAAGGCUCUCAAGCGCUCCCUCUCCGCCCUCCCGCGCCCUGCCCUGCCGGCCAACGCAGGGGCGAGCAGGGAUGCUAAGACCGCUGGUGCCUGCCGGUGGUGGAGGACUUGGGGAGCAGCAAGGGGGGGAGAUUGGGGAUGGGCCAUCAGGGGGUUUCACCCGGGGGAAGCACAGGGGGCGCAGGUGGCGCCGGAGGCGCAGGGGGUGCCGGAGGUGCGGGAGGAGCUGGAGGAGCUGGCGGGGCCGGGCUUGUGA